GCCCGCCGACAGCGAGAGAAGCAGAAAGUGGCGAGAAAGAUGCAAGACGAGGAUGACAGCGCUGCCAAUCCCAACAGAAGCUCUCGGUUCCUGGCGACCAAGUCUCUGGAUGUGACCGACUGCGAUGUAACGACGGAGCAGGCUCCUAAAUUAUGCGGCUAUCUAAACAAACUAACGGGAAAGGGGCCGCUCAGAGGGUUCAAGACGCGCUGGUUUGUGUACGACCCGAGACGGUGUUACUUAUAUUAUUUUAAAACACCACAAGACGCCCUUCCGCUAGGACACAUUGAGAUAGGAGAUGCGUGUUUCACCUAUGAUGUCGAGGCAGAAGAGGGGCUUUUUGAGAUCCGCACUGAGGGGAAGGAGUUUCUGCUUAAGGCACCCAACAGGCAGGUGAUGCAUUACUGGCUGCAGCAGUUGCAGCAGAAACGCUGGGAGUUCAGUAACUCGGCCGGCCACAGAGACAGCUGGUACUCUCCCACCCCCUCGUUUCCACACACGGGUCUCGUGGCCAAAGAUGCAGAAGCAACACUAUUCGAGAAGCCCUGCGAGACUAUGGAAAGCGUCCGAAACGAUUUUGCCCUGGAUAUGGACAGUGAUGGACAGGUCGGGAUCCAUUCUGCACGUGGCCCUGUGGCUCCGCCCACAGCAGCUCUUAACUCUCUCAGACACUGGGGCUCUGGGCUCAGAAAUAGCAUGUCUCACUUGCGAGCUGGCUGGGGAGGAGAGAACAGACGCAGUGUGUUUUAUACAGGCAGCAGUGAGGAGUGGGAGAUGGUGGACCCUCCAACUAAAGACAUACAAGAGCACAAACCUUCAUCUGACAGCCAGCGGAGAGAAAGUCCUUCACACAAUCAAAGAUACUCCAUUGGCUCAGCGUUCACGUUUGAUUUCCGCAACCCGACCCGAAUGAAGCGUCCCUUUUACAUGGGCUCUGGGAAAGCCAGCCGCAGCACGGAGACCUCACCGCUAGAAUGCAAUGGAACCAAGACCUCCGAACUUCAGCUCCGCCUUCAGAGCCAGCAGGAGGAGAUCAGCCACUUACAAGAGCAAGAGAACCGCCUCCGAGAGGAGCUCGCCAGUCAGAAGGAGCUGGUCCGUCUCCUCCAGCAAACCUUACGGAGCUCCCAAUGCGACUGGCGUUCGACGGGAUCUCAAAACCAUGACCAAAGUGAGGCAGGUAACGCCCUGGCAGAGCGGGACGGACAGAUCAGUGAGCUCUGCGGUCAUAUGGAGAGGCUGGCGUUGGAGAAGGAGAGUCUUCAGAAGGAGCUGAAGGGUUUGAAGAUCAAAGUGGGGGAGAUAAAUGAGCAACUUGGCAUGCUUAUGGAGACCAUACAAGCUAAAGAUGAAGUCAUCAUGAAACUUUCACAGCAGAGCGACGAAGGAGAAACGCAGAAUGCUGAAUGCAGCUCGCCGGAUGCCAACAGAGAGAAACAAGAGCUGGACAUCCUAAAGGACAGUCUUCAGGGCUACAAAUCCCAAAAUAACUUCCUGAACAAAGAAAUCCUGGAGCUGACAGUCUUGCGAAGAAAUGCUGAAGCUAGAGAAAAGGUUCUGGAAGCAAAGUGCACCAGUUUGGAUGCCAAGCUGUGUCAGGUGGAGAGUAAGUACCUGGUUCUUCUGCAGGAGAUGAAGAAACCUGUGUGCUCAUCAAAUGAGCAGAGCCAUAGUGGAGAAUUCAUCAGUCUUCUGCUGGAGGACGCACUACAGGUGGAGAGCACGGACCAACAAGAGCACCCCAUCCUCAAACCUAACGCUGUCAGUGAGUAUGACAUUUAUGGCUUCAAGACGGUGCCAGAGGAGGAAGAUGACGAAGAAAAACUCGAAGCUAAAAAGAGAGCGCUGGACCUCCGGUCUUUUUCCCUAACAGACCAUGAGACGUCGGUUCGAGUGAAGUGGGACAAUUACCUGGCCAUCACUAUGAACAGAGAGAUGGUCCGAUCUCCGGAGCUGAAGGCGUUGAUGCGAAGCGGUGUUCCCCAUACCCAUCGCUCAAAGGUGUGGAGGUGGUGCGUGAACUUCCACGUGAAGAAGAUGCGCGACAGCCAGCCGAAGGAUUAUUAUCUGAACCUGCUGAGCAUGGCGAGCGAUAAACCCAACCCGGCCUGCAAGCAGAUCGAACUUGACCUCUUGCGGACGCUCCCUAAUAAUAAGCAUUACGCCUCCCCGGACUCAGAAGGAAUCCAGAAACUCAGGAACGUCCUGCUGGCUUUUUCCUGGAGGAAUCCAGAUAUCGGAUAUUGUCAAGGUCUCAACAGACUGGCAGCCAUUACACUUCUUUAUUUGGAUCAAGAGGAGGCUUUCUGGUGUCUCGUCGCCAUUGUGGAGGUUUUCAUGCCACGGGACUAUUACACUAAAACGUUGCUUGGCUCACAGGUAGAUCAGCGUGUGUUUAAGGACCUUAUGAAUGAGAAGUUACCCAGGCUUCAUGCUCAUUUUGAGCAUUACAAGGUGGACUUCUCUCUUAUUACCUUUAACUGGUUCCUGGUGGUGUUCGUGGACAGCGUGGUCAGUGACAUCCUCUUCAAAAUCUGGGAUGCUUUUCUCUAUGAGGGACCCAAGAUAAUGUUCAGAUUCGCUCUUGCACUCUUCAAGUACAAAGAAGAUGAAUUUCUGAAGCUUCAGGAUGCAAUGGCCAUUUUCAAGUACCUUCGCUACUUCACCCGUACCAUCCUGGAUUCAAGAAAAUUGAUGAGCAUUGCCUUUGUCGACAUGAAUCCCUUCCCACUGAGACAGAUCCAGAAUCGGCGUACUUUCCAUCUGGAGAAAGUUCGUCUGGAGCUCACAGAGCUGGAAGCCAUCCGCCAGACCUUCUUGCGGGAGAGAGACACAACCCUGGAUGGUCGAACACUCAUCAGUGAUGAUGAGGAAGACGGAUAAAACAGCCAAUAAGGGACCUGCACAUCUGAGAGUCACCUGUAGUUGUCCAUGUUUAGUUUUGUAUUAGAUUUUAUGGAAAAUCAGUAUUGGGAUUUUUUUAUGUGAAAAGGCAAAGCUAAUCAUAAUGUGGCAUUCAGGGACGUAAGAACAGUAUUCCUCUUCAUCAACCAAUGUUUAUUGAUCUUUUUUAUUGUCUUGAAUUGCUUUGACAUUCCAUCCAUUUGUACAUACAAAGUAAUAAAAGAACUAAAGUACUUUAUAUUGAGCCAGGUGUGGAUUGUACAAGUGUUAAAAUGUGUACACACUUAUGCUGGACAAAAUACAGUAUAGGUGUACAAUCCUGGACACCAACGUAUCCUCUUGCGAUAAGUCAAACUUAGUCCACUGUGUGUUUACAUACUCUUGGUAGAUUGUAUAUCAACACUUUAUAUCGCCUUUGUAAUAAAAUAAUUUGAUAUUAAUCACAUUUUUGCAGAUUACAAGGCACUUUUGGUACUUUUACAAACCACUUUAUUAGUCAUUUUUUCUUAAAUGAGGAAAUGGUAAGAUUCCUGUAGUAUAAACCAGGCUUAUGUAAUCCAGGGAUGAACCUGCCAAACAUAGCAGGCAUAGUUAAGGAAAUUUCACAAGAUUUAUCUAUCAAGUGACGUUAGACUCAUUUGAGAACAUCUUGUUGACAUGAUUAAUAAAUGACUAUCCGUCAGGUUUCGCAAGCAUCACUUCUGUGUUUAGGUUUUACGAGCACAAUGCACAAUUGCUGACGUUCAAAUUGUUUUAUUGGUACCUGUUGUGUUGUUUUCAAACUUCAACUUCUUUUUGUGUUUCUGUUCUUUGCUUCAAUUAUUAAAAGUCUUUCAUCACAGUCAACAGACGCUGCUCAAAAUGACCAUGUUGAUGUGAAAAAUACUUAGCAUUUUGUUGGGUGCCGAGCAUGUAUUAUGUUUAAUGUGUCUGAAAUGUACUUAAAAUGUAAAAUUCAUUCUCAAAGGCCUAAAUGAUGAGAUGAUUUCUGCGUCAAUUACAAUUUUCUACGCAACUUUCAUGUAUCGCUUGGCGUAAUCAUUUUGAAGGCAUUUACACGUGUUUGCUUUUUUGUUAUAACCUAUUAAUACACAUACAAUACUUUGCAGUUUAUUAUUGGAGUAAUUGUACAAUUUACAUUUCUUAUUCCUUCAUCUUACCAUUACGGUAUUGAUUUUGUCAAGUGUUCUCUGAGCGGUAUAAUUUUAAUAAUUUUUCUAUCAUUUCUGAUUUUCUAUGCAUUCUCUAUGAGAGCUGGUCUCUCAUAAUCUUUUUUUUCCACUAGCACUUGCUUUCUGAUUUGUUUUAAUGGUCAUUUCUGUAGCAAUGUUACUUAUGUUGCCAACUCAAUUUUAACAAAAAUGAUAUUUGACAAGUUUGAGUUUCAACACUUUCAAUACAAGCCAUUCAUUGUUCUAAAUCUUACAUCUUUCAUUCUGUAGUGUUCAUUUUAUUUUGUUGUUAUGUUUGUUUAUAGCACAGAAUAAGUAAGCUAUGAUUUAUUCGUCUAUGUUGCUGUUGUUCAAUGCAAUGCAUUUAUCUGUAACGCAUUUAUGCUGUGCACAAAUUCUGAUGAAUUCCUUUGAAUGUUACUGAGGCAUAUCUUUAUCACAUUACGUUCCUAUGAAUGUUUUUGUUUACUUUUGCAUGACUAUCUAGUGCACAAUAAACUGUUAUUGCUUACAACA